AUGCUUAAAAAGGAAGAAUUUAAAAAAACAAAAGCGAAACAGCUGAAUCGGUUUGUUGCACAAAACAUAUACCUUAAGUUAAUUUCUUCCCACCUACCCACACUCACUUUGCUAGCUAUGUAUAGAACGGCAAAGGAAAUUUGGAAUUGGGCUAAAGAAGGAAACGCUGCCUCAUUUUUGUGCAUGACUAUGGGGUGUAGAGGAAGGAGUUGCUUUGGUGACGACCGCAAUUUGCUCUCGGAAGUGCCUGCAGCCGACAGUUCCUUAACGAUUGGAAUUGGUUGUAUUUAUGUGAAACUUUCAGGAUGGAACUACAUUAGGCAACAAAUGCAGGGCAGGCUUGGGUCGAAUUUUCCCUCUGUGUGCUUGCCAACCUUUCACAUCACAUCUUUGGUUCCCUCACCCCAGUGGGAAUGGGGAAACACCAAACGUCACAACAGCAGCAAAGAAGGUAUAUUGUAUUGGAUUUGGAAGGGAUUUGACACUGAGCUUCUCCUUUUUUUCCCCUUUUUGACAGCCGUCCUGUGUUUCUUACAACAUGUAGCUCCAUCCAAUGUGUAG